GUACGAUAACACAAUAGAAUGAUAACCGCGGUGCGAGUGCAGAUAAACCGAGAGCGAGGCGAGGCUGGCGGCGCGCAUGGUGUGGCGGCGAGUCGCGCCGCCGCGCCCGCACUCGCACUGCUGUCCUCAGUCGGGCUGGCCUCGCGCGUCUACAAGCAUGGCGUCCGUGGACUACAGUAAAGUGCCGAUCGUGGAGAAGCCGCUUCACGUCCCGCCCUUGCAGGAGAUCGCAGACGUGCUGUCUGGCGGGUUGCCGGCGACGUUCGAGUCGGUGUCGGCGGCUGUGGUCGAGUGCCCCGACCUGACGCAGCCGCCGUACAACCUCACCUCGCCGGGUCUGUCGGGCGAUGCGAAGUUGGUGGAGAUCGGCGGGCCGCCGUACCUGCUACCGCUGGUGCAGCGAGACAAGCUGUACGACCUGGCGGCGCUGGCGCGGCAGCUGCGCCGCGACCCCGCCUUCAUCGCCGGCGCCGGCGCCGGGCCCUGGCCGCACGUCGGUGUCAACUGCGAGGGCAUAAUAAACCUGAGCGUGCGCGACGGCGCCGUGGAGCAAGGCACGCGCGUCACGUGCGUGCACCCGGCGGGCGCGGCCAAGGGCCGCAGCGGCUACCUGACGCGCCGCCUGCCGCCCACUGAGACGCGCACUGCGCUGCUCGGGAACUACCUGCUCUGCGACGGACGGCCCGGCAAGGUCAUCAAGGUAGUGGCUAAGAAACGUAUCGGGGAAUCGAACUUUAUUACUGCUAUUAGAGAAACGCUUAAAAAUCAUUACGGGGAGAAAGUAGUCGGUAUGGGCGGCACGUUCGUGGUGCGCGCGGGCCGCGUGAAGCACCACGUGAUGCCGGACUUCAGCGCCGCGCCGCUGUGCAGCGACAGCGACGUGGACGCGUGGCUGCACUACUUCGAGAUGCGCGCGCCCAUCACGCACGUUGGCACGCUCGUCACCGGCGACCACGGUUUGGACCUGCGCGUGCAGCACUUCCACGGGUGGGGCGAGCACGGCGACGGCGGGCACUACCACUACGACGUGACGCCGGCCAGCGUCGAGUACGAGGCCUACCUCACGCCCGCCGCCAGCGUCGUCCGCGUCGACGCGCCCGCUACCACGCACGCCAUCGGCCGCGACUAGAACGUACCGCGCCUCCACUAACAAUUGCUUUACAACUUUAUCUAUCUCACUGAUAGAUAAUUCUAUGUAUGUAAUUUUCAACUCACCUUUUGUUUCAUAUGGAUGUAUACUUUCAAAUAAUGUGUAAAUAUUAUUAGAGCGAAGUUAAGGUAAAAUAAGAAAAGGAACGAUGAAAAUAAAAGAAAUUGUAAUGACAACAA